AUAACUGAUAAGAGUCUGUCUCGAUAAGUGUUUGAGCCUGACCUACGGUUGCCACUCGGUAUUCGACUUUCGUCCAAGCCGUCGAUCUGACCAACAUUAGUAUAAUCACAUAUGCGUGUAGCAAUAAUGUUUAAAAUAAAAUAUAAUAAAUAAUUAAAAAACGUUACUAGCAAAGCACCAUAACAGUCGUAAUAAUUUUGUUCCACGGUCUUGGAAAGUUAGAUAUUUAUCAACAAACAUUUGCCAUUGUUCAAAAGUUAUUUUUUAUUUGUUAUCGGUUUUAAUCUAACAAAAUGAUAAACAAAGGAAUCUUGAGGCAAUUUUUGGCUGCAACUGCAGGAUCGCUGUCCAUAAUGAACGUGGGCAUAAUACUCGGCUGGACGUCUCCGAUCAUGGAGGAACUCCUAGGACCGGACAGCCCGAUACCGAUGUCGGUGGACGAAACGUCGUGGUUCGUGUCGGUCAUCGAUUGGGGUCUGAUCUUGGGAUCGUUGCCGUUCGGCGUGCUGGCCGACCGGUGGGGCCGCAAGCCCAGCCUGCAGAUCAUCGGGCCGAUGGCGCUGGCCACCUGGGUGGCCCUGCUGUACGUGGACACGUUUCAGGGGCUGUUGGCCGUGCGGUUCGCGCAGGGCCUGCUGGCGGCCGGCGCGUACACGGUGCUGCCGGUGUACGCGGGCGAGAUCGCCGGGCCCAAAAUCCGGGGCGCCCUGGGCACCAUGUUCCAGAUAAUGAUGUACGUGGGCAUACUGUACGUGUACGCGGCCGGCAUGUUCCUGGAUUACAGGCACCUGACGUACGCCGCGAUGGCCGGCCCGGUGGUGUUCUGCGCCCUGUUCGCCACCAUUCCCGAGUCGCCGCACUUUUACGUGAUGAAAAACCGGCUGGCCGACGCCAAACGGGCGCUGGUGUGGCUCCGGGGCGACGACACCGGAAGCACGGUGGACGACGAGAUGGACUCGGUGGUGGAGUGCAUAUGCAAGGAGAUGCGGAACGCGUCGUUCACCGAACUGUUCACCGACUGGGUGAGCCUCAAGGCGCUGAUCAUCGUGCAGGGCCUGUCCGUGUUCCGGGUGAUGGCCGGCGUCACCGCGCUCAUAUCGUACGCGUCCAUCACGUUCGCCGAGAUGCACGUGGCCGUGGACGCCAACAAGCUGUCGCUGGUGUUCGCGUGCUCGGUGCUGUUCUCCGCGCUGCCGUCCACCGUGCUCGCCGACCGGGUGGGCCGCCGGCCGCUAAUGAUCGUGUCCUGCGCGUCCUGCUUCGCGUUCGACACGGCCAUAUUCGCGUACUUUUACGUGGACCGGUGCACCGGGUACGACGUCACCGAGUACGGUUGGCUGUGCGUGUUGGCCGUCGGCGGGCUGUCCGUGGCCCACACGCUCGGCCUCGGCUCGCUGCUGUCCACCAUCAACUGCGAGCUGUUCCCGUCCAACACCAGGUCCAUAGCCAACGCCGUCAACACCAUCACGCUGACCGUCGCGUCGUUCCUGGCCCUCAAGAUCUACCCGGUGCUGGCCGACGACGGCGGCAUGUACCGCAACUAUCUGAUAUCGUCCGUGUUCAGCCUCACGUCCAUAAUCAGCUGCUGCCUGUGGCUGCCCGAGACCAAGGGCAAGACGUUCGCCGCCAUACAGGCCCAGCUCAGGAAGACGGACGAUUUGGUCUGAAAUCCUGCAGGACAUCGAGGACGACGAGGUUUUAUAUAUAUAUAAAUAGUAUUAUAAUAUAAUAUAGUCACGGUGGGACGAUCUCCCUGCUGCGUUUAGACGGAGACGGCCGGUGCGUGUUAGCCCGAAGACACGUUUAUUGCGGCCACCAAAACUCGAUGGAUAUAUUAUAAGUGAUAUCGUUUUUGUCAAAACCCAACGGAUAAGUGAUGAGAUCGUUUUUGUCGAAGCGCUAUCGUUACAUGUACGUGGAAUGUGGGCAUUUAUCGGACUUUGGUGCGAACGGGAUAUUUCGGAUUUCAAAAUGUCAACGUAAUUUGUAAAAAAUCAUUUUUCCUGUAUACUAUACAUCAUAUUUUAUAGUUGUCAUUAUUUUACACGUGUAUAUUUUUUUAAAUAACGAUAGAUAAAUUAUGUAAAUAUAUAUUAUACAGACACAUUAAUAACAAUAAUUGUAAAUAAUACUAUGUAUUAUUAUCUACACUAUGUAGUAUCGAUGUUAAAUAUCGAAGUUAUAAAUGAUGUUUUAUACAUAAAUUGAUAACCUAUUUGUAUUAUAUAAUUUAAAGUAAAAACAUUUUGCCAAUA